AAGAGUUACGUACCUUUUCACAACAAACAACAUGGCCGCGUCCAGUGCCUCCGCCAAGGACGGAUCCCAAACAGAACCCGGGGAGCUCAAUGAACUUGGAAUUCCCAAAAAUUUCUCUGGAAAAGACGUUGCUAAUUUCAAUUUGAUUAUAGAUCAUGUCAUUGGUAACAAAAAGCAGCCUAAAAGUAACAUUCUAGCUUCUGUUGGCGGCAUACCUCAAAUGCCCCUAUCCCGUGAGGAGUUGUUCAUAAGAGGAGUAUUUGACAGUUGUGCAUUUAAGUCUUCCGCCAGUUGUGUUGUUGGUUUUGCCUUGGGUGCUGCGUUUGGUCUUUUUACCGCUGGUGUGGACCCUAUGUCUACAAUGACGACGGAAACCCCCACAACUCGAAUGGUGCUGCGGGAAAUGAAGGCGCGUUCUUUGUCAUAUGGAAAAAACUUUGCUCUGGUCGGGGCUAUGUUUGCAGGAACAGAAUGUGUCAUAGAAUCGUAUCGAGGAAAGACAGAACUCAUCAAUGGAACUUGUGCAGGUGGCUUUGUAGGUGGAAUCCUGGGAUUGAGAGCUGGUCUCAAAGCCGGAGUUUUCGGAGCAGUUGGGUUUGCCCUAUUCUCGACGGCCAUUGACUACUACAUGAGGCAUUGACAGUUGGAAGAUCUGGGAUGGGAUAGGGGAUGGGAUUGGGAUGGGGGAUGGGAUUGGGAGAGUGCGAGGGUGAGGUUGAUGUCAAAGAAUGUGUCAGGGAUAUGAUGAUGUGUGUGUGUGUGUGUGUGUGUGUGUGUGUGUGUGUGUACAGUAUGCCCGCUGUGGUUGUGAAGGUUCAUUAAAUGGUUCUUGUGAAUGUUCUUUAAACGGUUCUUGUGAAUGUUCUUUAAAUGGUUCUUGUGAAUGUUCAUUAAACGGUUCUUGUGAAUGUUCUUUAAAUGGUUCUUGUGAAUAUUCUUUAAAUGGUUCUUGUGAAUGUUCAUUAAACGGUUCUUGUGAAUGUUCUUCAAAUGGUUCUUGUGAAUGUUCUUUAAAUGGUUCUUGUGAAUGUUCAUUAAACGGUUCUGUGAAUGUUCUUUAAAUGGUUCUUGUGAAUGUUCUUUAAAUGGUUCUUGUGAAUGUUCUUU